GAGGAGGUGAAGGUGGCGUCAGUUCUGAGCUAAUCUCUGAGCCCCCGCCAGUUUUCCUUCGACUCUCGCUGGGUGCUGGUUGGAGGCGAGGAGUGGCGACAGGUCCUUCUUAGCACUACAUUGGCGCAAUAUGUCACGCGCUGCUGUGUUUCAGAGAAGGAAAGCUGGAUUUGAGCAGCUGAGACCAUUAGACACCACACUGGAGUCACCGUGAUGCCUUCAAUCAAUCUUGCAAGCUUAUCUAUCGUUCUAUAGGGAUAAAAGAAGUGCUCGAUUUAUGUUUCUGAAGUGAUUGUGACCUUUUUUAUGUGUAAUCUGCCCAUACGUGACUCCAUCUCCGCAAGACUGCCGGUGUGUUGCAAGGGAUCAAAUCUGAUAGCAGGGAUUCGAAUGCCUUUUUGAAAUACUUGCAUAAGAACAUCAUUAACACCAUAUAACCUCCAGGUAACGCCAUGUCGCUUAAUUCGCUUAAUUUGCUUCGUGAUGGCCUGGUAGGAGCCGCCACUGCCGCCGUCCUGCCCCUCCUCAGACUCAUCUUAGUGGUGGUGUUCCCCUACGAAGCCAAUCACCAGUUUGAAUUUCGUGAUGACCUUCUUUCCCAGUACGAUUUUGUCAUUGUGGGAGGAGGCGGCGCUGGGUGCGUGGUAGCGUCACGUCUAACGGAGGUCGCUGAGUGGCGUGUUCUUCUGCUGGAGGUUGGAGGACUCCCGCCCCUGGAGACCAAAGUACCGGGGUUCCUUCCGAUCGCCUUCAUACCGGGAUACAACGAGGACUGGGGCUACAGGACCACGCCACAAAAGUACAGCUCACAAAACUUUGCUAAUAAGGCAGCGAGACAGCACCAGGGGCGAGUGCUUGGGGGCGGGUCGACUGUGAAUGCCAUGUACCACGUAAGAGGCAACAGGCGGGACUAUGACCACUGGGCGGCCCAAGGAAACCCCGGGUGGGACUACGACUCCGUGCUGCCUUAUUUCAUCAAGUCAGAGGAUUACCGUGGGAACUUCGGCGAGACGGCUGCCUACCAUGGGCGGGGAGGUCCCAUCGGCGUCACCCCUGCGCCCCUCACACCACUCACCAAGGCGUACAUUCAGGGCGGCAUGGAGUUGGGCUACGAUUACGUGGAUUACAACGGUCCUGAGCAGAUUGGCUUCUCCCAGGCCACCUUCAACAUCCGGGACGGCGUGAGGUCCUCGGUGGUGGAGGAGUAUCUGAAACCCGCCUCCUCCCGCCCCAAUCUGCACAUCCUCCACGGCGCCAACGUCCUGCAGAUUCUCUUCGAGGACAAGAGAGCCACAGGUGUCAAAUUCCUAUACAAAGGCAAGGUAAUGGAGGUUGGGGCGCGUCGGGAAGUGAUUCUAUCCGCAGGUUCAAUCGCCUCCCCGAAGCUCCUUAUGUUGUCUGGGGUGGGACCUCGAUACCACCUCCAGCACCAUCAGAUCCCCGUAGUGGCGGACCUGCCUGGCGUGGGGCAAAACGUGCACGACCAUGUGGAGGUGCUAGGGCUCAGCUGGACCACCGAGGAAAGCGUCUCCUUCACCAGCCUGUUUGACACCUUCGGCCCCUCCUCCAUCCUGCAGUACAAGCUCUCCAGGAAGGGACCUCUUGGCACGGCGCCCCUGAAUUUCCUCAACGCCUGGGUCAAGGUCAUGCCGGAGGGUGACCGAAUGUGGCCUGAUAUACAAGUGUUCUUCAACUCAGCCACGUUCGCCUAUGACAAGGGCACGCUGAAUCCUGCUUUGUGGGGUCUGGACAUGAGGAAAUUUUACGAGUACGCGGCGGAGAUUUACGGGCGAGAAGGGUUUACGAUCCGACCAAUACUCUUGCGUCCCAAAAGUCGAGGCACCAUCACGUUACGCUCCAGAAAUCCAGAUGACUACCCAGACAUCGACCCGCAGCUCCUCUCAGACCCCGGCGACGUGAAGACACUGGUUGAGGGUGUGAAGUUUGCUCUCAGACUUGGCAACACGUCAGUUUUUACCAAUACUUUCAAGGCCAAAUUCUUCGAUAAGCCGCUGCCAGAAUGCGCCGGGGAAUGGUAUGGAAGUGAUGCUUACUGGGAGUGUUUCGUUCGCCACAUGACUACCACGUUCUACCACAUCACCGGGAGUUGCAAGAUGGCGCCGCCCUCAGAUCCCUUCGGAGUGGUGGAUCACAAGCUAAGGGUGCGUGGCGUGUCGGGCCUGCGUGUGAUAGACUUCUCCGUGUUGCCUGCCGUCGUCUCUGGAAACUCUCACGCCCCCACCGUCAUGAUUGCUGAGAAGGGCAGCGACCUCAUCAAGGUGGACUGGAGCAGGUGACCCUCGCCUCGCCUUCACCAUGGCCACCAAAGACUCCCGCUCACCGUUAAGUGGUUUGUGCCAGAAAGGGAGACACAAACCAGCUUGGGGAUGUGAAGGUUGUAUUUUUAUUCAAUAUGUUUAUUUAGAUUUCUUUAACAAUGAACAAGUAGCCUACAUUUGAAAACACUACUAUUGAACACAGCGUGAGAAGUGGUUCAUAAUCAGCGUACAUACAUAAACCAACGUUUCUUGUCGUGGUCACAGCGCUGUACUCUACAGUAAUGAACAAUUUGCAAGGUUUACGGUUUUGAAGUUUCAUGACUGAUGAUGCUGACGCACAUUUGUGCAGAGA